GUGCUUCUGCUGCGUCCUCAGGGAUGGACAGUGAGUACGAGGAUUUGGGUCGACUAAAGAAGCAGAAGGAGCAGCUUCUCCCUCAUCUGAUCCUGAUGAUGCUGCCUCCACACCGGCUGGACGUGCUGCCCACCUCUAGACGACGCAAACGCGCGCUGGACACCAACUACUGCUUCUCAAACUACGAGGAGAACUGCUGCGUUCGGCCGCUGUACAUCGACUUCCGGCAGGAUCUGGGCUGGAGGUGGAUCCACGAGCCGAAAGGGUAUCACGCCAACUUCUGCUCGGGGCCGUGUCCGUACCUCCGCAGCGCUGACACCACGCACAGCUCGCUGCUGAGCCUGUACAACAUGCUGAACCCCGAGGCGUCCGCUUCCCCCUGCUGCGUUCCUCAAGACCUCGAGCCGCUCACCAUCCUCUACUAUGUGGGCCGAACGCCUAAAGUGGAGCAGCUCUCCAACAUGAUCGUCAAAUCCUGCAAGUGCAGCUGAGGGGCCCGAGACCCCAGCACUGAGCCCGACGCGGGUCCCAGCGCUCGAGGGGCAUCAGGAAGGGUGCGUGCCAGGAACUGGACUCUAAAUGAAUACCUCCAUACAUCCUUCUCACCCACAUCCAACCCGGGAGCAAGAGGCUUCUCUAAGCACUAGAAAGUUGCGUUCCAAGACGACUACGCUGCCCAACGAUCCCUCGGACUUCUAGUUUGACGUUUGAAGUGACUUGUCCACUUGUAAUGUGUAAUUUUUGGUCAGCUCUAUACCUGCGAACCUCAUGGGCAUUUGUGAACUCUGACCUUCGUAACAUCUACAGAAGCGGCUUCACUGAGGACGACACACGUGCUGGAUCGACAUACACUGACCGAACGAGAGCAGACGUUAGCCAAUCCUUGUGUUUUUGUAUAACGAUGUUCUAACAUAACUCAUUUGAGCACUGCAUUUCCCCGACCGAACUUUGUAACGCAGUAAUCGACACGGUCUGUCUAACGUGACGUGUUAAUGUUAAUACAAACAUGCUGGAAAGAAAUCUUUUGACUAAUGUUUACCUCUGUCACUCGGCAGAAGUUUUAGGGAUUUGUAUAGUUCUUCAAUGAAGCUGACGUUUGGAAACACAAUCUGCUAAUGUUUUUACCGCUAUUACUCCCGAAAACACUUUUUUUUAAUUAAACAGUCUUGGACGAAAAGAGUUUGUCAUGAGUUUCAGAAAAUCCACAUCUUCUCGCCUAUUAUAAAGAGUGAACACACAAGAGUAGCAAAUGCUGAUUGCAUAGCUUGCUUUAACAACCAAUUUUUUUUCUUAAAACAGAAGUAAUCACAAAAAGUAGCUGACAUUUCUUUCAGUUUACGGAUACAACUGAAUGCUAAACAGUUACUGUAGCAUAAACGCACAAAUAAUUUGUCAUGAUUUUAAAGGUCAAUCAAGUUUCAUGACUCACAUCUGGUCAUGCAGUAACAAUGGAGGA